AUGUCAUUCCCCGAAGAACCUCUCAAUCUUUCCCCAGCCAGUGGUGGCCCCGGUUACUUUGUCGCAACCAUCGGUCAAAAGCUCAACAAGGACAAAUACGAAAUCAUUCGCAAGCUAGGAUACGGUCCUCGUUCCUCAACCUGGCUCGUAUGGUGCGAAUACGACGACGCAUACUUUUCAGUCAAGAUCUACACGGUCGCAGAGAGCAAACGCGCUGAAGAAAUAGAGCUUCCGAUCCUACGAUCUGUGAAAAACCUCAGUUCGACCUUGCCGCUUCCUUGGUAUCAAGACAGCUUUUGGGAGACGGGAUAUCAUGGAUCGCACUUUUGCAUCGUGACCAAUCCUUUAUCGACCACAGUUGAAGCUCUUCGUUUGGAAGAGGAAGCCAAAAAACUUCCAGUUCAUGUUGUACAACGAAUCAUCUACUGUACAACGCUUGCACUUGAGGGAUUGCAUUCUGCCGAAAUCAUGCAUGGGGCUGUCAAUGCUGGAAACAUAUACUUCGCAACAGGAACUCAAGCUGAUGUGCUUAGGCCCCAACUGGAAGAAGAAGAAGAGCCGUUAACCAUCCCGAUCGGGAACUUUGAGGCUGUAGAGUCCCAACCGAUAAAACAUUCUUUGAGGGGAUGGAAACAUAAGAAGGCUAUUGUAUCUGAAUGGCCACUCUAUCUUUUGAAUCUUGGACAUGCUCAACGAUCUACAUACAAGCCAGAAAGCUCGUGGGAUUAUGCAUCUGCACCGGAAACCAUAUCACAAAAUCCUUCAUGCUCACUUCAAACCGAUAUUUGGCAGCUGGGAGCUUUAACAUUCAAAAUCUUGACUGGAUCUAAUCUUCCCGGUUUUGUGGAUGAAGACGAAGGCUUGAAUUUAAUCCACGCGGCUCUUGUGACAUCUCUCCACAAGGACGACGUCUCUGCUGCAUCAGGUUUUAUCAAGGAUUGUCUUCGUGCUGAUCCCAGUAAUCGACUGACUGCAAAGGAAGCCCUAAGACAUACUUGGCUUUCAAAAGCCAAUGCGUGUUCAUGCGGGUAUUGCUAA